AUGCUCGAAUCUGACGACCCUCCCCCAGAACACACCGCGACAACUCAACCGUCGUCAACGUCGUCCGACCACAACACCACCACCAGCUUCAAACAUCCACAUGUGCAGAAAGCAGACACCCUCAUGGCGGCCGCAGGAGCGCAGGUAUUUGACGACUUCGGCCUGCCCAUCAGGAAGUACGUGAGUCCCGACGAGGGCUCUCAGCAUGCCGGCAGCAAGAGUCCCCUUGAUGCUGCUCCGAAUGACCCGCCUUCUGCACCGAACAAGGUAGCAGAGACGUCCAGGGAACCGAGUGCAUCAACUCCUGGGGAGGCGCAGCAAGAGGUGGGAAGUAAGGCGACCGAUGCAGCAUUGAAACCACCAAAUCAUGACACCAGAGCAGAUGGCAGCUCUGCCUGUAACAGCGAUACCGACGACUUUCAAGACGCUCCCACAACCCCAAGACCACAGCAGUCUACUCACGAGAACGCUCCGAAAGAUAUACAAGAACCUCCUCAAACACCACUACCUCCCCAGGUCGAGAGCAAGAAGGAAGGAACCUCGCCAAACGAAGACCCCAAUGACACUCCGCCGUCUAACAUGAACCCAAUCGCACCUAAGAUAAGCAAACGCAAGAACACCCUCGACAAGGAUGCUCAAGCAAUCUCAGGGCCGACAAUCACGCAAGUGGAAGCCAGCAAACAUGCUGAAGAAGCAAAGAAUGCGCCUCGGGUGGAUCACAGUCGCGACGUCAGCAAAGCAAGCACUGAUCAUGACAUGUCCGAAUUCUCCCAUCAGGCUCUGACUGCACCUCAAGAGGAGAAGAAAGGCGACGCAGACGAUGAAUGGCAGACUAUGCCUGCUUAUGCGCCUUACGAUAUAUACGACGACGACAACAAGCUCAUAGCGAAAGAGCACAGUGCUGAUGAAGAUGAUACGUAUGGUUAUGCAGGACUUGGUGGCGCGGGCAAGGGUUACACUCGUGUAUUGGACGACGAGGAUGCCGAAUCGGAAACGAGCAUGGACGAUAAUACGCGGUACCUCUUUGGGCACGGCAAGUCUACAAGCAUGGGGGAGAUGGACGAGGAACAGCGAGAUGCAGUAUCACAACUACAGGCCACCAAAGACCUAUUGACCGAGGGCCAAAGGAUAGCCUAUGUUGGCAUUGCUCGUUUGGAGAUGGCCGAGAUGAUCAAGUUAUCCGAGAGUGCUGUAGGGGGGAAGAGGGCGAAUAAGCUCAUCCAAAUGGCUACCGAGGCAAUGAAGAUGUGGUCGCAGAAGAUCAUGAUCCGAUUAUACGCCCAUAUGGAGAUCAGCCCCGAGGAGCAGAUCAUGAUCGAACAGCUAGCUGCACACGGCGUCAUGCCCCAGGACCUUACACCCACGCUCAUGCAGAAUGCGACGGUGAAGAACCCAAUGGCCGAAGCAACCCCGGCUUCGACGCCGAGACUACCUAGCACAAGCAGCCCGCGGCUAUCUGUUUCACCAAAUUACAGAGAGGAACCUGCUGCACAACCGCCACCCCCUUAUGAGACCCAUGAGGGAGAGGACAUGCCCGAAGUGAGGACACCGUCGCAGCUGCCCAGUACGGCCAAGAUCGAUAUAGAUCUACGGUGGACUGUUCUUUGCGAUCUGUUUCUUGUGCUCAUUGCGGAUGGUAUAUACGACGCGCGUUCGAGAGUCCUAUUAGAAAGAGUCGGCAAAGACUUGGAAGUGCCUUGGAUGGACAUCUGUCGGUUUGAGAAGCGGGUGACCGAUGCCUUGGAGAUGCAACAAGAGGCCGAGAAAGAGAACUGGAAUGAGGAAGAGCACCUCGAACACAGAAGGAAACUCGCUCUCAAGAGACGCUAUGUCAUGAUGGGCUUGGCGACAGUCGGAGGAGGUCUAGUCAUCGGUCUCUCGGCUGGUCUGCUGGCACCUUUGAUUGGGGCGGGUCUCGCAGCGGGCUUCACGACUAUUGGAGUCGGAGGUACAAGUUCCUUCCUGGCAGGAGCCGGCGGAGCAGCCGUCAUCACAUCAGGUGCUGCAGCGUCGGGCAGUUUCAUGGGUGGCAAAGCAGCCGGACGUAGAACCGGGGCUGUGAGGACGUUCGAGUACCGACCGCUUCACAACAAUAAGCGUGUCAACCUGAUUGUCACCAUUGCUGGAUGGAUGACCAGCACGGCCGACGAUGUACGGUUACCAUACAGCACUGUCGAUCCUGUCAUGGGAGAUCUCUAUUCUAUUCUGUGGGAGCCGGAGAUGUUGACCAGUAUGGGUGACACCAUCAACAUUCUAGCAACAGAGGCUCUCACGCAAGGUCUCCAACAAGUGCUAGGCAGCACCAUCCUGAUCGGUCUCAUGGCCGCCCUUCAGUUGCCUGUCGUGUUAUCAAAACUGUCCUACUUGAUCGACAAUCCUUGGGCAGUGUCGCUGGACCGAGCCUGGUCCGCCGGUCUGAUCCUAGCAGAUUCGUUGAUCGAUAGGAAUCUAGGCACCCGCCCUAUCACUCUAGUCGGCUACUCCCUGGGUGCGCGAGUCAUCUUCGCCUGUCUCCUGGAGCUCGCCCGAAAGGGCGCCUAUGGUCUAGUCCAGAAUGUCUACAUGUUCGGCACCCCCAUCGUAGUCAAGCAGGAUGAAUUUCUCAAGGCACGAACUGUGGUGGCCGGCCGGUUUGUGAACGGGUACAACAACACUGACUGGAUUCUGGGUUACCUGUUCCGCCUCACCAACGGUGGGAUCCGCCGUGUAGCUGGCUUGGCGACCGUGGAUGGAAUACCCGGCGUUGAGAAUAUUAACUGCACGGAAUCCGUUGCGGGCCACAUGCAGUACCGAACAGCCAUGCCUCGCCUUCUUAGGGAGUGUGGAUGGCUUGUUGAGAGUGACGAGUUCGGUGAGAUCGAGGAUCCCGACCCCGAGAAACACGAGGAACGCCAAAGAGAACUCAUCAAUGAGAUCGAAGAAGCUCGGAAAGAGUUAGAAAAGGAAGGCAAGCCGAAGAAAGGCGGGUGGGGUAUAUUCGGUCGUAAGAAGAAGGGCGAUAAACAGGAGUGGGAGGUGUAUGAGGACAAUAAGGGCGCGGCCGGUUCGUCCAAAACAGAAGACAAACUCGGUAAUAACCACGGCGUUUUGUUCGAUGUCGAUGCCAUUCGGCACGAGCUGGCUAAGGACGAUGAGCUCCAACCCAAAGAACUGACAUCGACCUUGCCACCAAUGAAGCUCGACUUGUCACCAUCGGCUGCCUCUAACCCGAGGGACUACCUACGCGAAACAAAGAGCGACGAUGGCGCAUCCAACUGGCGGUCAACCUCAUUUGAGAACAGAAUAUCACAAGACAGAACCCCUACACUGCCCUCGCGAGGCUUCGACUAUGCUCCGCCGCGGCCUGCAGACGACGAAAUCCAGAUGACCUUCGAUACUUCAUUUAGGGAGUCGGAGCCACCAUCUCCACCCAGGAAGGACUAUACUCAUCCGCCAGCCGAGCGACCUGACCUGAAGUCCUCGCAGACUACGCCGAAUCUGGCCCUUCACGACCCCUGGGCAGACGACGACGAGGACUUUGGGAAGGAGAAGGAGAUCUCCAUGACCUUUGCAUAA